AUGACUACACACCCACAUGCCCAGACCAGAAAUACAAGUUAUAGUUAUGGAGGUAAGGCUUUACUUUAUAUGAGGAUUAACACAACUUUGACAUCGGGAAGCAACAUGGAGGGAGAGAAGGCUGCAUCUGAGGUGAGUUAAGCGUGAUUAAGAUUUAUGAUUAACCAGUACCAUGCUGUGCCAAAUCUACUAUCGUGUGAUUAUUUUCAACUCUUGAAAACAAUGUUGUCAAAGGUGUCAAGGAAAUGAGUGACAGCCAGCUGCUGUAACAACUCUGGCUCUGGCAUCACUCAUCUGCUGUUCAUAAAACGGUGCUCUUAAAAAGCUACAUGUAUAGUCAGGUCCUAGCGCAGACUGAAACCUGAAUGAGACUGAAAACACUGCAACAUCAGCAGCCCUACUAUGUUUUUACACACUCCUGUGCUUUGUGUUUGACCUUAAAGGGAGAUCUUUUAAAGUAUCUUGGAGAGGAGAAGUGUCUGAACCACAUUGCCUUUCAACAAGGGUCCCUCAAGGAUCAGUGCUUGGCUCCUGUCUUUUCUCUAUGUGCACCAUCUCACUCAGGGCAAUAAUCCCAUCUCAUGGGCUCUCAUAUCACUGCUAUGCAGAUGAUACCCAGCUCUUCCUGUCAUUCCCCCCAGAUGACACAGCUGUCUGAAUCUCAUCAUGUCACAGUGAUAUAUCUAAAUGGAUGAAGGAACGCCACCUUCAGCUCAACCUGUCCAAAACUGAGCCUGUCAUUCCAGCCCAUCUCCACCAACAAACACAGAUUAGUAUCCAUCUUAGAGCAAAUAAACAUGUGCCCACUAUGUCUGCCAAGAAUCUGGGUGUCGCGAUUGAUGACCAGCUAAACUUUAAGGUUACCAGGCCUCUCCGCAUGCACAGCUUGGAUCAUCUGCAGAUGAUCUGAAACCCUGCAGCCCAUCUGGAUUUCAACCAACCCAAAACAGCACACACUCAGCUGUUCGUCUCCGGUCAUUGGCUUCCAGUAGUAGCAGCCAACAUCAACCAGAAAGCCUGAGUUUGUGCCUGUGAAACUGCAACAAAAUCAGCUCCUGCUUGCAGUCCCUCAUGCAGGUCUACACUGCCUCCCACAGUCACUAUCCAGACUCUUCUCCUCUGUUUUUCCCAGAAGUAGAACGACUGAAACAAAUAGAAAUCAAGAAAAUGGCAAAAAUGUUAAGCUGUUUAUUUUUGUUCCAGAAACCUGUCCGUAAUACUCAGCUUAUGUGUGCUGGUGAAGAGGAGUAUGUUGACAAGAGGAAAAAAAUCGUCCUGGAGUCUCUCAGCAGCCUGGGGAUCAAAUGUGCUGAAGUAAGUGAAAAAGAAAACAAUGAAGUUUCAUUGCAGAUCAUUCUUUCCUGAAUCAUUUAGAUCUCAGUUACUUCUUUUCCUUUAAAAACUGUUGUUUUUUUUUAUGUAUCACAACUUAUAAUGAACUUCAGAUGGAUUGUUAGGCAUUUAUACAAAUCUGGGUGUCACUAAAAGAUCAGGCCCCAGGAAAAAUAGAGUGUCAGAGGAAAAGUCCUAUUUGUAAAAGUUGGAUAAUAAACUUGAUCAUCUGGAAAUGCUGUACGGUAGCUUUGUUGUAGUAGCUUCUGGGUUUAUGGAACAUUGCGGUCAAACAGAGUGACAGAAGUCUAAGUCACGAGUGAUGCCCUCAUUAAAAAGGUGAAAUAAAAGCAACAAUAUUCUCCUUUGUAGCUAAAGUUAAUGAUCUCCUCAUGAUUAUUCCCAUCAGAACUCUGUUCCUCACAUCGCUGUGCUGGGUUCAGGUGGAGCUGAGAGAGCAGCCGUGAGUCUGUUGGGUUGCCUCCAUCAGAUGGAAAAAGACGGUCUGCUGAACUCUGUGCUCUACCUGGGAGGAGUUUCUGGGUCAACAUGGUAACCACAGUCACUCACACAACAGUCAUACGGUAGAAAACAGUAUAAAAACAAUACUCAGGAGGUUACAUCAUAACCAUGACCGCUGGUCUAAGCAUUUCUUUUAUUUCCAUGAAUACACAUAAUAAUAAAAAUACAGACCAUUUUAGUGUAAAUGUUAUAUUCCAACAGAAAAUCUUAUCAUUCAGUCUAUUAAACAUACCUAUGAGCAGUUCUUUCCUGUUUGCGUCCAAUGAUUUAUGACUGAAUGUGGGUCCUUACCUCUAAUGGCAGGAAUUCUUAAUCAACUGUAAUCUGGUGUGGAAGACUUACAUUGUCCAGUCAAUGGGAGAACUGUUGAUCAUAAAGGCAAAUGAUGUGGGUGGCUUGACCUAGUUUGAACUGAGUGUUGUUUAGAACCUGUUCUCAGUUCCCAUCCUUGGUGACAGUAGCAUGCCCUGCAGUGAAACAAAAACAGACAGACAGACAGACAGACAGACAGAAUGACUGUCACUCUGUUUUAGGUGAAACAAAAACUGGUUGGUCCAGAUGUAACUGCAAACACUUCAGGACUGUUUGUCCUUAUUUCUCCUUUGUCAGGUCCAUGGCCUACCUGUACGGUGACCCGGAAUGGAGCAUAACAAUGGACAGAGCCAUAUCCAGGCUGGUGGACUCAGACGUGGACCUGGGUGAUGCUCUGUCCUGGCUGUGCAAAAGAGCAAAUGAUGAGGACUUCUCCCUCUCUGAUAUCUGGGGGUUGAUAACCUCUGCUGUAAUCAUGAAUCAGGUCUUGGAAGAAACAUGCAAACUUUUACUGAUUAUAAAGAAUUUAAUGCAACAGAUUUGAAAAGUAUGUUUGUGUUCUUCAAAAGUUGUCUUAUGUUUCAUUAGAUGGACGUGCGGCGUCUCUCUGGAGAAGCCAGUAGAGAUGCUACCAACCCCUACCCCGUCUACUGCGCCAUUGAGAAAAACUUCUUUAGAGAUGGACCAACAGAAGGUACACAUGCACCUUUCACAUGUCAUACAAAGACCUGCAGUCACUCUGAGUUAUGGUGUUGAUCGUCUAAGAGCUUCUCUGUCUUUCAGGGAAGUGGUUCGAGAUGAGUCCUUAUGAGGCCGGUUUCACAGAGCUGGGUCUCUUUGUUGAAACUUCUCUCCUGGGCAGCAAGUUUGAGAGUGGGAGGCUGGUGGAGACGUUACCUGAGAUGGACAUGAUCAAACUACAAGGUGUGUAAGAAUAGCAUAAGAACUACAAGAGCGGUGUUGUGCAGGUUCACUGUGAGAAUGAUUAAGAAUUGACUUUAAAUACUUGCAUUCAGUCUAUUUAAUGACAUUAUAACCACCUUAUGUUUAAAAUUGUUUUUUAAAUUAUUAAGAUCUCAACUACAAAUUAUUUUGUUUCAUUUUUUUACUUUCAUUUAUUCAUUGACAAGUGGGAGUAACCUAUUAAUGGCUUGGAAGACAACCACACCCAACAGACCUUUUGAUGUUUAGGGAUAAUUAGUUUGGCUGAAACCAAGCAGCAUAACCGAAAAGGUCAUUAUUUGUUUCUAUGAGGGGAGUUGCUAAGUCUCUAUGGAGGCAAAAAGUUUGGUUACAUCUGCAAAAAGUAGAGGGAUUAUAUUUUUUGAUAGUAAAGCUUUAUCAUUGAUGUAAAUCAGAAACAGUAGUGGCCCUUAUUUGGAUCCUUGAGGUAUGCCAUAUUGAACAGUUGUUCUUGUUGACUCAUUACAGUUAAUAAGUAAGAAUCACUUUCUACUUUGAAGACGAACCACCUAUGGACAUUACCCUGAAAUCCAUAUUUAUGCAUUUUAGCUAAUAAUACUGAAUAGUCAUUAGUAUCGGAUGCCUUUAAUGGGUCCAAAAAUAUGCCUACUGUGAAAACAUACUGUUUAAGACGGUGUAUACUCUGUCAGUAAGUUUUAAAAGUGCCAUAAAAGUUCAUUGAUUUUUGCAAAACCCAAAGUGAUGAUUAUACAAAGUAUUACACAACAUUCUGAACUGUUACUGGUACUGAAUGUAAGAUUAGGAUUCAUAUUAAGUAUUUAAGACUCUCGAGAGCACAGGCAACACAUGCAGUUUGGGAUGGAGCUGUCGGUCUAAAAAAACUUGGAUUAAAUCUGUCAACUGACAGCUCCAAUUCUUUGGAGGAAUAUUUGGCAUGUAUGUUCACAGAUUAUUGUCUUCAAACCGUGCAGGUAUCCUGGGCUCUGCAUUGGCAAGUGAGGGGGCGAUUAGUGAGUUCAUCUCUAACCAAGGUAAAUCCCUAUAACUACAACAUGCAUAUUUAAAUUAAAGCACGGUCUGUUUUUCCAAGUAUAAAGGAGACAUUCAUUUAAAGUUUUUGUGUUUCAGUGGGCAAAGUUAUAGAUGCUGCGCACGAAGUGUACGUGCGUGUUUACACUACCAUCCAUAAACUCAUCAGUCUGAUCAGAAAAGUCAUCAAACAGGAGAGUGAACUGCCUCAUCUGGACAAGCUGCUGAAACUUAUAGGAGACAGCGGUAAUGAAAACAAUCUCCUGCAAAACGGACCUUUAUUUACUUAAUCCAGUCUCUCUAGAAGCUGCCAAGCCUGUUAAAGAUUGCAGCGUCUCUCUUUUAGACAUAAACAUCAUUAGCUGCUUCUUUUUUUUUUUUUUUUCUUAUAAAGCAGCAGCUUAAAUGCCUUAUUUAAGAUGCCAUGCUGUGCUCAUAUAUCCAAUCUCUUCCAGACGAGAAACAACAACAUGAACAUGCAAGGCUCCAGUCAAAGAGUUCAGCUGAAAAGGAAAGCUUUUACCAUCAGGAGUGCCAGAAUCUGAUUUGUGUGGUGGAGACCUGGAGGGAUGAUCUGGAGGAGGGACCUUUGAAAAAAUUCUGUCAGUGAAGUUCAUACCGACAGGCUGAUUAAACAAAGACAGACAGUGUAAUUUAACCUAAAUGAGUGUUAACACUUCCCUGCAUUUCUGAUUCCUUGCAGUCGUUUUUAUAAGGAAGGUCUUUAACCUGAUUAUGGAUUGGGAGUGGGGAACCACCAACAACUUCCUCUACAAAUACCAGCGUAAGGAGACAGACCCUCCAGAGUUACUCACUGUAGAUUUUUCUGAAUAAAAUAUUAACACCAACCGCCAACAUAUGGUGGUCACAAUGUAAAAAUGAUUAAAGAGGAUUUGAAGGAUAAUAAAAAAAAACAUGAUCAGGUAAAAAAAGUUUUUGUUGAAUUAAAAUGUCCUGAUGUUAUGUUGCCAGACUCCGACAUGCCUGACGAACUAACCUCUAUGGAGGAUAUCAACCUGAUGGAUGCAGGGCUGUUUAUCAACAUCCCCUAUCCCUCGUUUUUGGGAGAAAAGAGAGACAUCGACCUCAUCAUCGCUCUGGAGUACAGCGCAGGGGACAUGUUUGAGGUACUGAGAGUGUGCAUGUGUUAUCAGCAGAGUUUUAUUGACUUUUGAAAGUGUCUUGAGUUUAACAAAGGUUGGGAAAAAUGUUAUGUUCAUAUGAAUGCAAAAAAAGCACUUUUGAAACAGCAAUGCCUCUGUUAUUAACAAGAUUAAGUUACUGCUUCAACUGUGCUGCAGAGUGAGUACACUAUGAAACAACCUAAACACUCUGCUCUCUGCACAGACUCUGACUCUGGCCAGAGACUAUGCAAAGGAACUGAAGAAGCCUUUUCCAGAGAUAGAUGAGAAAGUCCUGGAGGAGAAAGAAUGGCCCAAGGACUUCUAUGUGUUUGAGGGGAAAGAGAAGGUUCCCACCAUCGUUUACAUGCCGCUUUUCAACAACAAAAACUGCAAAGGUCUGCUGCAAACCAUGAAGCUCUUUCAUAAAGAAUAUUUCUGUAUCAAAAUCCUAAUGAUCAUGAACAUCUUUCUAUUCUGGUCCAGAUGUAGACGAGGUCAAGGCCAAGAUGACACAGUUCUCAACCUUCCGGGGUCCCCUCAGCAAGGAGGAAAUCAACGACUUACUGGAGACGGCAAAAGAAAACAUGAAGAGAAACAAAGAAAACAUCAUAGAGGAGAUCAAAAAGGCCAGUCAAUGCAGACACAACAAGCAGAAGUGAGUCCAAUUGUUUUUGCAUGAACAGAUGAAAAAGUAUCUGAACAAAUAUCCAACAUGACCACUCCUCUUUCUGCUUUCUUUUCCUCUAACAGAAAACCAGUGCUACAGCAAAUCUCAGAUUCUUGUCUCUUUGGUUUGAUUUGAUCCAGAAAGUGCCGUGUCCUCCUGGUGAUAAGUCUUUUCCUCAAAUGAGUGAAAAUCUCUUAGAAUAGAUGAUGAUAGUAACUAUGUUAGGGUUGAUCAGGGAUUGAAAUGAUGAUUGAUUUUGCUACUGUUGCUCAGGUUUUUAUUCCAUCGACGAAAAGUCCACUUACUUGUGGUGUUACCUCCUGUAGAACUGUCUUGUGUUGUACUUACUCUCAGAUAAUCAAUGCUUUGGACAAAAAUGUCUGCUAAAUGAAAGAGUUAAAUCCUAGGUCAGUGUUGUUUUUGGCAGGCAUUUUAGAUUUAGUUUUAGUCUUAGUCAUUUUGACGAAAUGCUUCUUCGUUUUAGUCCCAUUUUAGUCAUUUCUAUCCUUGAUAGUUUUCGUCUAGUUUUAGUCCGACGAAAACUCAAAAGGUUUUCGUCUAGUUUUAGUCGACGUAAAGGUGCCUUUUGAGGUUCGUGGUGUUCUUUCCCGACAGUUUGAAGCAUGAGGAAGCUGUGGCUCCACAACUGUCGUCUGUCUCGUCUCCCCGUCCCGUGUUUUAUUGUCACUUUUAUUUUAUUGUCACUUGGACUGUAUCUGAAGUAGGACCAAGAAUCAUCCCUCUUUUUUCGGCCACCGGGCACCGCUGCUGUGCCUGCCGCCACGGUGUGUGUGUGUGCGCGCCUCGUCCACCUGCCGCUCUGUGUAUGUGAAUGAGUGUGUGCGCGCAGCUGUGCGCGAGCGAGGCUUUUGGUGCGUGUGUGAUGGGGGCGUGACUGUUAGGACAAAAAAAAGCAUGUUUUGAAACUUUGUUCGUCCACCUAAUAACAAUUUAGUCUCGUCUCGUUCUCGUCAGACGAAAAUGAAUAUAAUUUUCGUCACAUUUUAGUCUUUACAGAGCUUUGGUGACGUUCGUCUUAGUCUCAUUUUCGUCAAGGAAAAAAGGGGUCUGACGUCGUCAUUUAAGUUUUCGUCCUGCCUGACGAAAACAACACUGUCCUAGGUAAAUGACCAUGUAAUGUGAUCAUGUCUGCUGAAAUAAUGUGUUACACUGGGGCAUGUGUUUGAAAUAAAGAUGCAUUAAAUGUGUUUUUCUUGGUAAAACAGGAGUUUCUGUCUCUUUGUGUCAGGACAAAUGUGAGUCAGACAUCUCAUAGUGCGCUGUUUAGACUUAAUGCUGCAGCAGUAGUCCAACCUUAAGACUACUUGCAGAUUUCUUUUACGUGAAGUAACUGAGUAUGAAUGACAUAUUUUAACUCAAAACCUGUAAGUGGAUUCUUUUAUCCGUUAAUGGAACACUUUAUUCUUGUAAUGUAAUAACUUAAUAUAAUAUGAUAUGAUAUAAUAACUUAUUCUCUGUGCUUGGUUUCUGUUAAAAAAAUCUGUCUCACAAGUCUUCCCACGCCAAAGUGUUAGGCAUGUGUCUGUCCUGGCAGCGCCAAUGAUGUUCUCAGGAAGGAAAGUUACGAAACAGCGAAGAAGAACAAAGGAGUCAAAGGGCAGAUCUGUCAAUAUGAUACUAAAAAUUGACCUUUAUUCAAAUAUGGCUCCACACCCAAAUUUGGUGACAAGGAAUGCAACAUGCAGGGAGGGAAGGCUGCAUCUGAGGUGAGAAGGGCACGAUCAGGCUUAUUGGUACCAUGAUUUGCCAAAUCUAUCAUCAUAUUGUUCUUUUUCACUCCUGUAACAAAUAACGUGUGAAAGAAGUAAGUAAGAGCACCCUGUCCAAAUAGUUUUAGUAAACAAACAAACAAACAAACAAAAAGCAAAAAAUAUUCACAGUCAAUGAUUUCAUUCAAGACUCUGGCAUUCCUGCGCCCAGACAACAUACCAGAUUGUGUACUAAGAGACAAUGCAGCUGAACUCACAUACAUCUUCAUGGACAUCUUCAACACCUCACUGAGUCAGGCUGUUUGUCCCCACAUGCUUCAAAGCAACCACCUUCAUCCUGGUCCUGAAAAAGUUGUCUCCUGCUUCAAUGACUAUCGUCCAGUGGCACUUACCCCCAUCCCGACAAAGUCCUUUCUCCCUCUUCCCUGAACCUCAACUAGUUUCCAUAUAGGUCCAACUUAUCAACCAGUGAUGCCAUCUCCAUUGCCCUCCACUCAGCUCCAACACACCUGGACACUAGGGACUCUUAAGUAAGAAGCAGGAGGGACAAGACAAGAUAAGACCUCCUGGCUCUGUGUACCUUAAGACUUUAUUUCUGUACCUGGAUUGAAUUUGGCAUCUGUUCAAAAAAUCUGUCUCACUUCCGAUCAUGUGAAAUCUCUAUUGGUACAAAUCUUCCCAUGCCAAAGUGUUUAGGCAUGCAUGGGUCUGUCCUGGCAGCACCCAAAAAUGUCUCAGGAAGGAAAGUUACGAAACAGCGAAGAAGAACAAAGGAGCCAAAAGGGCAGACCUGUCAACACGAUACUUAUUACAUUUUUUUUUUGACGUUUAAUCAAAUAUGGCUCCACACCCAAAUGUGGUGACAAGGAAUGCAACAUGUAGGGAGGGAAGGCUGCAUCUGAGGUGAAAAAGGCAUGAUUAGGCUUAUUGGUACCAUGAUUUGUCAAAUCUAUCAUCAUAUUGUUCUUUUUCACUCCUGUAACAAAUAAAGUGUGAAGGAGGUAAGUAAGAGCACCCUGUCCAAAUAGUUUUAGUAAACAAACAAACAAACAAACAAACAAAAAGCAAAAAAUAUUCACAGUCAAUGAUUUCAUUCAAGACUCUGGCAUUCCUGCGCCCAGACAACAUACCAGAUUGUGUACUGAGAGACUGUGCCCUUACACACCUGGACACUAAGGACUCCAUCACCAUCACCCUGAACACAACGGUCCCCCAAGGAUGAGUGUUAAGCCCCCUUAUCUUCACCCAGCUGACUCAUGACUGCACACUGAUGCACAGCUCUAACUUAUUCGUCAAGCUUUCGGACGACACAACUGUGGUGAGUCUCAUCAGCAGCAGAGAUGAGAUAGACUACAGGAGCGAGGUGAGCCGCCUGGCUGUGUGGUACAGAGACAACAAUGUAGACAAAACAAAGGAGAUUGUUGUGGACUUAAGGAGAGUGCACACUUAGCAUGCUCCUCUGAGCAUCAAUGGUGCUGCUUUGGAGAGGGUAAGUAGCAGCAAGUUCCUGAGAGUGCAAGUCAUCGAGGACCUCUCCUGGACCAACAACAGCUCAUCACACACCAAGAGAGCUCACCCGGCACUUCUACUUCCUCCACCAGGAAACUUUCUUUAUGGGUAAAAAGAUUAGGUUUCAAACUGUAAAAAACUUUGUCUCAACUCUGUGGGAAAACUUUUUUUUUUGGCACCAGUCUUACCAUGUCAGAUUGUUAGGCAUUCAUGUAUUUGCCCGCAGCACCACUGAAUUUCUCUGGAAGGAGAGUUAUGAAAAAGGGGAGACGUGUCAGGACAAAGAAGUCUUAGGGCAGAACGGUCAGCAUGAUUUGCAUAUAACCUUGAUUACACUUGUAAGCAAAUAUAUCUCCACACCCAAGUCUGCUGACCAGAAAUGCAGGUUUUAGUUGCAGUGAUAUCUGUAUAAAUUGUGAUCUCUGCAGCUUUGUCAUCAGACAGCAACAUGGAGGGAGCUGAGGCUGCAUCUGAGGUGAGUAAGGCAUAAUUAAGGUUUGUGAUUAAUCAGUACCAUGAUGUGCAAAAUUUACUAUCAUAAGGUUCUUUUUAACUUCUGUAACAAAUCGUGUUUCGAGUAAUGUAAAGCCUGCUGCCAUAACAGCAAAAAAAGAAAAAAAUGUAGCAAAUAUAUUCUAAGUCAAUUAUUUGAUUUCUGACUCUUGAACCACCAAUCUGCAGUUAAUAAUAACAGAAUUUAUCAUUUCUCUUACAAAGUUACAUGAUAUUCAGGUCCUAGCCAAUACUCAAAUCUAUGUGAACCCUGAAAGCACUGUAGCUCAAGAAGCCGUCUCUAUUGAUGCGCUGUGUUUCACACACUUCUCACUCUACUGGACCAGGAGGUGGCACAGGCAUCCCGAUUUCCAAGAAUUUUAGCAAGCUCUGGGUGUAGCUAAUUCCCAGAUACUCCCCAGUGAAUCUGGGAAUCUGGAUGUCAUGACUGAUUGCUUUUGAGACACUUUGCCCAGGCAUCUGUUAUUAUUUCAAGACUUGGUGCACCUAUAAGGCUCACGCUGUUUUGCGGACACCACCUCGACAGCCAGCAGUUGAAUGAUGAGAUACGGCUAUACACCUCGUCACUGCCUGAUCAGGCAAUUGACCAGAGAAAACUAUGGAGCCCAACAUAAUUAUGGCAUAUUCACACAACGAUUCCACAUUUCAUUUAGUGACUAACGUCGCCAGGAGUAAUUAACGUCAUGUCAUUAACGACAUGUAUUAUGGUCUUUUUUACAUUUACGAUGAGUCUUUCCCAGCAGUUUCAAAUUAGCUUCUAUGUUGCCCGCUCUGGCCUUCCAGAGGUACUUAACUAUGGCUGUGGACUUCGCUAACUUCACAUUUCAGAUGACAGAGUCUCCAUUAACUCGAGCAACAAACUUUGUCUCAGCAGGUGUGUUGCCAAGAAGGGCAAAUUAUUUUGACAUGUGAACACACUGGUCCUUUGUGGGCUUCCUCAGCUGGCUGCUAUGCUUCCCUUGCACAGUAACCCAACCACUACUACAUCCCAGCUGCUCCGGAUCUGCAGGGGGGAAGCCAAGUCCCUUUGUACUUUUGAGACACUUUGCCCAGGUCUGUGAUAAAAAUUCAGGACUUGGUGCACCUCUUGAUGAUAAAGACAAUGUUGACAGGGUUAUUGUGACUGUAUAUGAUUGGUGAUUCACUCAAGUUGAUGGGAUGAUGAUGAAAAUAUAUUACUUUGAAAAAAGUGCAUACCCCUAAACAACGCAUGGCAACACUUUGCCUAUUUGCACCUUUGCAAUGCAUGAUGAUGUUGAUUUUUUAAAUUGUGGUCUAUGAGUCAAACAUCAGAAAGCAGGGGGUAGCUUAGGGGAGGGCUACCUGUGAUGUUUAAAUUACCACCGCAUGGUGACACAAGUAACGAUCCACCUCCCUGUCAAAACAUGAUCCCCUCUGCUUUAUAUAUUCCAAGAAAGUUUUGGCAAAAAUGUUAAACUGUUGUUGUUUGUCCCAGGUACCUGUUCAUUAUGUUCAGCAUGGGUGUACUUUGAACCACCUGCUAGCUGUCCAGGGGUUAAAAUCCAGGUAUCGAGAUCAAGUAAGUAGGAAAAGAGAAUCAUCAAACCUCAUGGUAGAUUAUUCUUUCUGUUUCAUUUGAUUUUCAGUCACUUAUUUGUAUAAAGAUAGAAAGAUAGAUUCUUGAUUUAUAACAAAGGAAAUUCAGUUGCACAAUCGAUCAUCAAACUUCAUCAAAUCAAUUUAUAAAAUAGCGCAUAGUGUGAAGAAAAACGAUGAAAAUGAAGAAUUUGAGUAAUUGGUAAUAAAUAGUAAAUGAUAAAACAGAGAUUGACAAUAAAUAGCUGAUGAUACUGGGGUAGAAGGUAAAAGCAGAGUGCAAAGUGCAGAGUGAAUACAUGUGCAGAACAUCCCACUCGCCCCUCAUCCCUCCCCUCCCCAGUGUAACAGCCAAAUGGCUCUCAGUAGAACGGACAUUCUGAGUCUGUAGGAAUCCUUGGCCUCCUUUAUGCAGUCUUCAAGCUCCCUCUGUCCUCUCUUCAUCUAUUCUGGAUCUUUUCUUGAACGCCCCUUUUCUUCCUGUGAAGUACAGAUUUUACUUCCCUGGUCAUCCAGGGUUUGUUGUUUAUAAAACAUUGUCCUGUUUUAACAGGAACUACUGCAUCCAAACAAAGGUUUAGAUAGACUGUGAUGCAGUGAGUGAAGCCCUCAAUCUCCUCCCUGAAAGAUUCCAGCAGAGCAAAUGUUGACAAAAAAAAAAAAAAAUCAAAGUUCAUUUUUUAUUUCAGGACCAUGUCCAUUAUACUCAGCGUGUGUGUGAUGGUGAAAAGUGGUAUGUUGGAGAGAGGAAAAAAAACAUCCUGGAGUCACUCAACAAUCUGGGAAUCGAGUGUGCUGAAGUAAGAAAGAACACAAUCAAACAUCAUAGCAGAUAACUUUUUUGUUUCUUUUAAGUUACAUCUUAUAAUAAACUUGAGAUGGAUUGUUAGGCUCCAGAUUGGAUGCACUGGUAUCAAGACAAAUUAAAGCAACAAUUUUCUUCUUUGUAACUCAAUUUAAUGAUCGUUUGAUGAUUAUUCCCAUCAGGACUCUGUUCCUCACAUCGCUCUGCUGGGUUCAGGUGGAGGUACGAGAGCAGCUGUGAGUCUGAUAGGUUCCCUCUAUCAGUUGGAAAAAGAUGGUCUGCUGAACUCUGUGCUCUACCUGGGAGGAGUUUCUGGAUCAACAUGGUAAACACGGUCACUCACACAAUAUAAUAAUAAUAAUAAUAAUUUUAUUUAUAUAGCACCUUUAAAAACAGAAGUUUACAAAGUGCUUAGACAACAGUUGUAAGCACAGAGCAUCAGCACAUUGAAAAUAAAAACACAUAAAAACAAAAGCUCAGUUAAAAAACAGGCAUCUGAAUUGUAGGCCUGUUUCACUUUUCGUAAGAAACCCAGGCAAUACAAGAACCCUACAAAAUAAAUGGGACCAUGAGGACCAAAAUAAAAGCAAAAAAAAAGAAAUAGAAAAGGAGGGAAGAAAACAGGCUAGUAAGUAUAAAAGAGGAUAUUAAUAAUAAUAAUAAAAUCAUAAUAAAAUAAAAUGAUGGUAAUAUAAAUGAUAAAGUGGAAUUAAAUAUAUAUAUAUAAAAUAAAGGAAAAUGAAAACAUUAAAAUCAAUAAAAAGAUUAUAAGUAAAACAAAGGCUAAAAAGGCAGUAAGUCUAAAUAAGAAAGAGGUGAAAGAGGUAAAAGAAAAAGGAGAAAAAUAAAAACGGUAAAAGGCAAUAAAAGAUGAAAGAUGGCAUCACAUAAAGGCAAGUCUGUAAAAGUGAGUUUUUAAAAUUGACUUAAAAGAAGCGACUGUCUCUGCACGCCUUAUCUCCUCUGGCAGGUCGUUCCAAAGUCGAGGAGCUCUGAUGGAGAAAGCUCUAUCACCUUUAGUCUUGAGCCUCGACUUUGGAACGACCAGGAGGCCUUCGCCAGAGGAUCUGAGGCUGCGAGUUGGCUCAUAAGAUAUUAAAAGCUCUGAAAUGUAGCUUGGAGCAAGUCCUUUGAGCGCUUUAAAAGUAAUCAAUAAAAUCUUAAAAUCAAUUCUAAAGCUGACAGGAAGCCAGUGAAGGGAGGCUAAAAUUGGGGUGAUGUGAUGCCGUCGACUAAAACCAGUUAAAAGUCUAGCUGCUGCAUUCUGAACUAGUUGGAGGCGAGAGAGUGAUUUCUUGUUUAGACCAGGGAGGAGAGAGUUACAAUAGUCCAGUCUUGAGAAAAUGAAGGCGUGGAUUAUCUUUUCGAGAUCUGGUGGGGUGAGUAUUUGUUUAAUCUUUGAAAUGGAGCGCAGGUGAAGGAAACAGGACUGGGCAAUCUUGUUGAUAUGGGUGGAGAAGGUGAGGUCUGAAUCAAAGGUUACUCCCAGAUUUCUGGCUGUUGGUUUGAUGAUUACUGAGUGUGGACCGAGACAAGACUGAAUGAGGGGGGAGUUUUGUAUGUUACAGAGAAUUAUUUCAGAUUUUGAAUAAUUUAGCUGAAGGAAAUUUUGUGCCAUCCAACAGUUAAUGUCACUUAGACAGUCCAUGACAGCAGCUAGGCCUCUUGGGUCCUCAGGUCUCAAAGGAAGGUAUAUCUGUGUGUCGUCUGCAUAGCAGUGAAAGGAGACUUUGUGGCGCUGAAUUAAUUGGCCAAGGGGCAGCAUGUACAUAGAAAAUAAAAUUGGACCUAAAACUGAACCUUGCGGAACACCACAGGCGAUAGCAGAAGUAUACAACAGUCAUAUGGUAGGAAACAGUGUAAAAACAAUACUCAGGACGUUACAUCUACGGGGCUAUAUUUUAGUAAGUGAGAUGGAAAAUACCUAUGAGAUGGCACUGAGAGCACAACAGUACUCUCACACAUAUUACAGCAGUCUGGAUGGCCCAUUCAAAAUGACCUCCUCUACUUCUUAGCUGUGUUCAUGUUGACUGUUAACCGCGAUGCAUCCCAUCAUAGUUUUACAUGGCACACAAAACCAAGUGGAAGGCAUUGAUCGGGGAACUGUUGAGCAUAAGGGCAAAUGAUGUGGGUGGCUUGAGCUAGUUUGAACUAAUAAUUGUUUAGAACCUGUUCUCAGUUUCCAUCCUUGGUGACAGUAGUAUGCCCUGCAGUGAAACAAAAACAGAGAGAAAGGGAGAUGUCUGCCGUUCAUGUUUAGGUGAAAAAAACAAACAAAAACUGGUUGGUUCAGAUGUAACUGCAAGUACUUCAUUACAGGCUGUCUUUAUUUCUCCCCUUUCAGGUCCAUGAUCUUUCUGUACCAAGAUGUAAAGUGGAGUCUGAACAUGGAAGAAAACAAAUCCAAGAUGAUGGACUCGAACAUCCACUGGACUGAGAAAAUGCACUGGCUCAGAAAGAGAGUGGAUGAUGACGACUUCUCCCUGACUGACCUCUGGGGGUUAUUGACCUGCUCCAGAGUCAUGAAACAGGUCCCAGGAGAAAUACAUACACUUUUACUGACUAUGACCAAUUUUAAUCCAACAAUUUUGAAAAGUUUAUGUGCCCUUCAAAAGAUGUUUAUUGUUUAAUUAGCUGGACCAGCGGCAUCUUUCUAAAGAAGCCUGGAGAGAAGCCACCAACCCCUAUCCCAUCUACUGCGCCAUUGAGAAACACUUCUUUAGAGAUGGACCACCAGAAGGUACAGAUGCACCUUUAACAUGUCAUAUAAAAACAUGCAGUAACUCUGAGGUAUGGUGUUGAUCGUCAAAGAGCUUCUCUGUCUCUCAGGGAAAUGGUUUGAGAUAACUCCUCAUGAGGCCGGUUUCACAGAGCUGGGUCUCUUUGUUAAAACUUCUCAUCUGGGCAGCAAGUUUGAGAGUGGGGAGGUGGUGGAGAAAACAUCUGAGAUGGACAUGAUCCAUCUUCAAGGUCUGUAAGAAUAACUUGAGAACUGCAAGAGCGGUGUUGUGCAGGUUCAUUAUAAGAAUGAGCUUUUUGUUUGUGAUUAAUAAUUGACUUUAAAUACUUGCAUUCAGAUUAUUCAAGGACAAACUUAAAAAUACACGUACAGCUCUGAUUCUUUGAAAGAAUAUUUAGCAUGAAUGUUCACAGAUUAUCAUCUUCGAAAUGUGCAGGUAUCCUGGGCUCUGCAUUGGCAAGUGAACGAAAGAUCAGAGAGUUCAUCUUUGACAAGGGUAAAUCACAAAAAUUACAACAUGCAUAUCCAUAUUACAGCACCAUCUGCACAUUUUUACAGAAGUUGCAGGAUAUUUUUCUGUAUUUUAAGGAGAAAGGAGACAUUCAUUCAUAGCUUUUGUGUUUCAGUGAAAAAAGCUGUGGAAGCGGCACAGGAAUAUUGCAUCCGUGUAAACGACGCCAUCUGUGGUUACUUCAAUACAACCAGAAACUUCUUCAAAAGGUUGAUUGGUGCGGACGAUGGAGUCCGUGGUAAUGAACAAUCUCCUGUAAAACUGACCUCUCUGCAGCUUUAUUCACUUCAUCAACUCUCUAGAAACUGCAAAGUCAGUGAAAGACUGCAGCUUCUCAAUUUCAGACAAACAUUAUCAGCUGUUUCUUUUUUCUUAUAAAGCAGCAGCUUAAAUAUCUUAUUUAAAAUGCCAUACUGUCCUCAUCUUAUCCAUCUUAUUUCCUCUAGUUAUUCAUAUGGAGUGCCAUUCAUUGAGUUUGGAUGAAGAUGAAUCCCAGACGGAGGAUCUGUGGGAGGGAUAUGUGAAAAAAUUCUGUCAGUUACAGGCUGAUCAAACAAAGACAUAAAGAUUGAUUUGAUCUACAUGAAUGUAAACACAUCUGUGCAUUUCUGAUUCCUUGCAGUCGUUUUUAUAAAGAAGAUCCUUUUUCUGAUUAUGUACUGGGAGUGGGGAACCACCAACAACUUCCUCUACAAAUACCAGCGUAAGGAGACAGACCCUCCAGAGUAACUCACUGUAGAUUUUUCUGAGUAAAGUAUUAACACCAACCGCCGACACAUGGUGUUGAGACAUGAUGUAAAAUUAUUAAAGAGGCUUUGAAGAAAAUGAUCAGGUAAAUAAAUGUUUUUUUGAAUUUAAAUGUUAUGAUGUUGUGUUGCCAGACCCCAACAUGCCCGACGAACUAACCUCUAUGGAGGAUAUCCACCUGAUGGAUGCAGGGCUGAUGAUGAACCUCCCCUAUCCCUCAUUUUGGGGAGAGAAGAGAGACAUCGACCUCAUCAUCUCUCUGGAGUACAGCGCAGGGGACAUGUUUGUGGUACUGAGAGUGUGCAUGUGUUAUCAGCAGAGUUAAACAAAGAUUAAGAAAUAAUAUUCAAUUUAAAUGAAUGCGAUUGUAGGUUAUGUUAGAACCCACAGGAUGGGGUCAAAAAGAGGCUGGGAAGCAUUGUAAAGGCAAGUGAAGUAUUGUAAACCAAGACCAAGUACUUGACUUAACAGUUCAGGGGUCAUACACGGCAAGACAGUCAGCAAAGGCAGAAAAAUCCAAAAGGGCAAAUCCACAAAAUCCAAAUCAACUGAUGAUGUGUACCCUUAUUUGAUAUCACUCAUUAUUUGAUAUAACUCAUGAUUUAAAAUUAAACAUUACUUUCUUGAAUAAAAAGAAGUUUAAAAGGUAGUUUAAUUUGUUCAUAUACUUUACAUCUUGAAAAGUUGUCAUCCCUUUCCAACAGGGGUACUGCAGGCACUGCAGUGCCCACUUACUUCCCACAGCUGUGCCAGCACUCGUACUGACAGUUUAGAUCUCAUCUUAAAAUCCUUGCACCUGUACUGUCUCACAUUAAUGCAUUAAUACAAACAUGUUUUAUUCCUGAAAAUGAAAGAAUCUGCUUGCCUUACAAACAUUUCAUGACAUAGAAAAAAGCAUUUUUCAUUAAGCGAUGCCUCAUGAAGAUGAAAUUAUUGCUCUGACUUUGCUGCAGAGUGAGUAAACUAUGAAACAACCUGCACACUCUGCUCUCUGCACAGACUCUGAUUAAGGCCAAAGAGCACGCAGAGGAGCUGAAGAAGCCUUUUCCAGAGAUAGAUGAGAAUGUCCUGGAGGAGGAGAAAGAAUGGCCCAAGGACUUCUAUGUGUUUGAGGGGACAGAGAAGGUGCCCACCAUCGUUUACAUGCCACUGUUCAACAGAAACAACUGCAAAGGUCUGCUGCAAACCAUGAAACUCUCUUAAAAAGAAUUUUUCUUUAUCAAAAUCUUUCUGAUCAUGAACAUCUUUCUAUUCUGGUCCAGAUGUAGACGAGUUCAAGACCAAGAUGGAUAAGUUUGACACCUUCAGGCGUCCCUUCAGCCCGGAGGAAAUCAAGGAUUUACUGGGGCUGGCAGAAGAAAACAUGAAGAGAAACAAAGAGAACAUCAUGGAGGAGAUCAAAAAGGCCGUGACACGCAGAGAAAAGAAGCAGAAAUGA